GUUUAAUCAAUUUUUAGUUACUGUCAAAGAGAAAGAAUUUAACGCAGGGAUUAUAUUCCCGAGAUUCGUUUCUAAUUGGUUGUAAUCAUAGUUGGAAGUAUUAUAUAUUCAUUAAUUGAAGAGAACGAGAGCUUGCCUUCAAUAAAGACACCACGGAGCUAGAUUAACGAAAUCGCCACGCAAGGAUUGUCAAUAUUAGACAGACAUUUUGUUUAAUCCAAUUAAACAGGCAGCUAAUUUACUGAAUAGACAAGCGCGAAAAGCGUCGGAAGUGUGUGAACAGGGUGUGAUGAUAUCUUAAAAUAAAAACAUCUUGACGUCAGUCAUUGAAAGCAGGCGAGCCAAGUGAGAAGGAAAAUCUCUUUUAAUUUGGACAUCGUUAGUUGAAAGAAAUCUGGGAAUAGGCAUUACACCAGACAGUCACAAUGAUGACUAACUUGUAGCAUAACAACAUUUUUGAACAUUUGGAAAAGGAAAGUAUAUUUCCUAAUAAGUGCGAAUAAGGAGAUAUUCAAAACUAUUUGCCAGUUGGACAUUGUGCAAUGAUUAUGUCAAGCCUCUAUGUAUUUGGACUCUCGAUUUUUACCCUGUUGUGGAUGCAGUGUCCUAAUGUACAAUGCCGGGAAAUGUGGGUCGGGAAACGACCAUCACCUAUCGUUUGGAUAUCUAAACGUUCCCCGGAAAUGUGGGUAGGAAAACGACAACCGGCCGAUAUGUGGGUAGGCAAAAGAGAGGACCAGUUACUUCUCGGCGAAAAAAGAGCUCCAGAAAUGUGGGUCGGAAAACGAGCUCCCGAUAUGUGGGUAGGAAAACGUUCUGAUGAUGAUAUUUGGUCAGGAGUAUUACGCACCAAAAGAGACGUAAGCUCAAAUGACAAGUUUAUAAAAAGUAAAGAAUCUCAUAAAAGAGCACCAGAAAUGUGGGUCGGUAAAAGAGCGCCAGAAAUGUGGGUCGGAAAAAGAGCGCCAGAAAUGUGGGUCGGCAAAAGAGCUCCUGAAAUGUGGGUCGGCAAAAGAGCGCCAGAAAUGUGGGUCGGCAAAAGAGCGCCAGAAAUGUGGGUCGGCAAAAGGGCGCCUGAAAUGUGGGUCGGCAAAAGAGCGCCUGAAAUGUGGGUCGGCAAAAGAAAGACCGAAAACAUUCGAACAGAAUUAAAGGAACUAUCGUCUGAGAGUGGACUGAAAAGAGCGGCUGAUUUUUGGGUUGGAAAGCGAACAAAAAAUUCUGGACUAUUUGAGAAAAAUAAUAAACGUGCUCCUGCCGAUUUUUGGGUGGGUAAGAAAAGCACAACCAGUUUAAAAGAUGAACUUGUUGAAAAACGCCAAGACUUUUGGGUAGGUAAACGAUCAUUGUCAACACAUGUGGACAAUUCAUUGGAUAAUGGUGCUCACUCAGAAUCAGAUGACAUUCUUAACCAGUCCCGACUUAACGAAAACAUUUAAAGACCCUUUGAUCAUCUCACGGCAACAGUUCUAACCUCAAAUCAAAUUUCGGAACGUUAUGAAAACUUCAGCUGAUACUAAUAGAAUUUUGCAUAUGUUGUUUACUCUACUUUAGAUUACAGGCAUGCUGUAAUGUUUAACUCAAGUUGUAAACAACGACAUGUACACUAAAUAGCAAUACAGAAACGGUCGUUUUAAUAAAUGUUACCUUAAUAUUGUGUUGAUCGAUAACCAACAUGAUCUCGCUUGAAUGAAACAAUACAAUAGCCUCAGUCACAUUUGCUCUACGGUGACCGUAUGGCGGCUGUAGCUUCACAAAUCGAUAUAUAGAAAAUCUACAUCUUAAUGCUUAUCCCUAUAUUUUCUCUCGAUUUGGAGAAGCUACGCUACGGUCAAAUGUGACUCAGCACUAGUCCCUGGGGGGGGAGCAAUCAAGAAUUUUGCAUUAUCUAUUUUUUCAAUUUUAUCAUUCAAAACGCCGCAGACGUCUUGAAUUACGGAAUAUUUCUCAUUUUAACUCUUUACCACAUUAACAGUUACACAAAGACUUCUUGUUAUAAAUUAAUCGGACAGUCUAAGUACAAUAAAUCAGUUUUUGGGGUUUUAGUAAAAAAGAAAUUCCGCGAAAUUGUCAUUCUCCCAAAAAGACGUUCCACCGUGUGUUUAUUCAUGUUCAUACGUUUCAACAAAUUCUUGACAAUAUCCCGUUGUAGUACUUUAGCAUGACGACGAGCAACAUUUUUGUAAGCUAACUAUCAUUAAAGAAAUAGUGAGUUAAGGUCAGGUUGGCUUGAUAGAUAUGUACAAUAAACGCACAUCUAGAUGCUACAAUUGUGUCAAGAUUUUGGGCAUUAUAUGUUGCCAUGGUAACUAAUUAUGAUUUACGACUCAAGGAGGAUUGGCUCCCAGAGUGCACCACCGAUAUUCUGUCCCAUAUAUGGGUAUGUCGUAAUACAAAAUUCGAAUUCAAACAGCCGCCAUUUUGUUCACUUCAACAUUUAAAUCGUGAAUUUUGGUCUUAUUUCCAAACGAAAAAUUCCAAAACUCACAAGAAACGAU